AUGAACGUGCUGUUGAGUGGACAGGAGGCAGGCAAGAGAAGGUUUCAAGACGCUUUUCCUCAGCUGCCUCCUUCUUAUUUCCUCUGGGAAAACAUGCGUGGGCUCUUCUUUGUCCUGAUCAUGUGCACAGCAAGCGCCUCCGCUUUUAGACUCCAGCAAGUGAAAAGCAUAGAAAACUGCCCAGACCACACCGUGUUUUUCAAACACUACUAUGAACUGCAUGGAGAACCUGUGGUUCUGAAAUGCCCUUCCCCCAGACACAAACAUUUGGAUUUUUCUGCCUUGAUCCCUAAUAUCACAUGGUAUAAAAAUGGUUCAAAAAGCUUGAUAUCAGGAAGAGAUGAAGAUCCAAGAAUCUGGGCAAAAGAAGAUGCACUCUGGUUUUUACCAGCAAUGCUAGAAGACUCAGGAGUAUAUAUCUGCACCAGAAGGAACUCCUCCUACUGUGCUGAGGUCUCCAUCCACCUCACAGUCGUGGAGAAAACUGCUGCUCGGGAGAUUGCCUAUCUCCAGGUCCUUUUUACUUUCACCUCUGGAAAGAUUGUUUGCCCUGACCUGUGGGAUUUUACACCAAAUAGGACAAGCCUGGAGCUCAAGUGGUACAAGGAUGCUCUGCCUUUGGAAGACGACAAUGAAAAAUUUGUAAUUCUGAAAGGUUCGACUUCUCUCAUCAUGACUUCUGUGCUGCCAACAGAUGCUGGCUAUUACACCUGCAAGAUGUCAUUUCCAUAUGAAGGUGUAAUGUAUGAAAUCACCAGAACAAUUCAACUGGAGACUGUUG